AUGCUUUCCAAAUGCAAGCACCGCUGUGCAGUGUCAAGGGUCUUUGACGAUAAUCUCACCGUUUUCGCGGGACGUUUGACGAUCUGCGGGUAUCCCAAAGCAGUCGAGUUGAUCGAUUUGAACGAAAGAAAAAAAACAACUAGUCCUUUUCUAUAG